UCAUUCACACAGCGCAUCCAUCCACCGCAAUGACGUUCGUCAACGGUAGAGGCAAUCCAGUUGGACAAAUUGGACCACUCCCUAGGAUAUCCCAUAUUGGAGGUCUAAUCAGGACAUUGGUGGACAGAAAUCCCAAUGAUUGCGGUUCCCGCAUCAACGUGGACUGGAUGUCAUGCAGGCUGUCGCUCCAUCAAGAAAAAUGCCGCUGACGAAGGAGCGGACGGACAUGGCGAAGGUGAACUACGCUCUCAUCGAAGCCGCCGCCAAGAAUGACAUCGACAAGCUUGACGCAGCGUUGGAACUUGGCGCGGAAGUCGACUGCCGAUAUCAAGGUUUUACUCCGCUGUAUCUGGCCGUGAUGAAGGGAUUCACAAAGGUCGCCCACCGACUCUUGCUCCGCGGUGCCAACGUCGAAGCGAUGUGCAACAAGCGGCGAACAGCCAUCAUGAUCGCAGCAAGUCGCGGACGAUUGAUGUGCGUGGAACUGCUUCUCGAUCACCAUGCGAACGUGCAUCGCCAAGACGAAGGCGGUGAGACAGCCAAGCAACUUGCUCUCAGGAAUGGCCACGAAGGCGUCGCCGCGUUAUUGCAGGACGCAGAAUACGCUACCCUGCCCCGCAAUUCCCGUCUCAUGGCACUGUCGCUCGCUUAAGCGUUAAUGUAAUCCCUGUCUACGUUUAUGUCCA